AUGGCAAUGUCCAUCGAAUUAGCCAACGUUUCCGGCCAUCCGCCCAACACAGAACGAGACAACGACGAUGACGAGCUCAUAACCGCGCUGCCACCAGCCGAUGAAGGCAGUCAAGCAUGGAAAUAUCUCCUAGGCUGCUUCAUCGUAGAAGCCGCACUAUGGGCAUUCCCCGUCACAUUCGGCGUCUUCCAGAAACACUACUCGCAACUCCCCCAGUUCCAGUCUAGUCCCAACAUCGCCAUGAUUGGUAUUCUACCAUCAAGUUUAUACUUCCUCGGUGCCCCCAUCAUCACCCCCCUUGUGAACCGCUACCAGAAAUGGCAGCGACACAUGGUGGUAGUCGGAUGGGCAGGCUGCGUGCUGUCCCUCAUAGCCGCUUCAUUUGUCAAUUCCAUCGGCGGCCUGAUCGUAACUCAAGGUGCAGGAUAUGGCGUCUCCUUCUCCCUGCUCUACCUAGCUGUGCUACGAAUGCUGGACGAAUGGUUCGUACGACGACGCGGACUUGCCUAUGGGAUUCUGUCCGCAGGAGGUGGUGUAAGCGGCAUGGGACUCCCAUUCCUCCUCGAAUACCUCCUCUCGAAACACGGCUUCAGAACCACACUACGAACAGUUGCAAUAGCACAAGUAGUCCUUGUCGCACCUGUGUUGCCGCUGCUAAAGGGUCGCCUUCCAACGACAUCCCAGGGAGCUCUGCGGGCUCUUGACCUAGGCUUCUUUCGCCACCCGCUAUUCUACGUCUUUGCUUUCUCAAAUCUCGCCCAGGCAUUUGGAUACUAUAUUCCCUCGCUGUACUUGCCGUCCUUUGCGUCAGAGGCAGGGUUCUCAGGCUUCGUAGGCGCCAUGCUCCUCUCACUGAACAAUCUUGGCAACAUCAUGGGCUGGGUCAUCUUUGGCUUCCUGUCGGACCGGAUCGAUGUCCAUAUUUUAGUGUUUUUGCUUCCCUUUGCGUCUGCUGUAUCUGCCUUUGUGUUGUGGGGGUUUGCGCGGUCGUUGGGGCUGCUUAUUGCGUUUUCUUUGGUGUACGGCUGGUUCGCUGGAGCUUUUGUCAUCCUGUGGCCGCGCUUUGGCAUCAUGCUGUCCGAUGACCCGCAGGUUGUGUAUAGUCUGAUGGCGUUUGGUAAGGGGAUUGGGAAUCUCGCUAUUGGGCCAAUUAGUGGCGAGUUGAUUCGGGGAGGUGUCUCUGCUGGCUAUGGUCUGGGGAGAUAUCGUGCCUUGAUCAUCUUUCUGGGCAGUUCCAUGUUGGGGUCUUCGCUGGGUGCGAUGGGAGUCUAUUUUCGCUCUAGGCCACGGCCGCGGUUCUCUCCGUAG